GUCACCGAGGUCGAUCGUCAGGUCCUCGGCCUGAAGACGCAGCGACGGAAGCUCACCGCGCACGCGAAGAGGGUGGACGACGCCAUCGCGCGCGAGACCGCGAUCGCGUCCAAGGCGGCGAAGGAGGGCACCGCCGCCGGGCGGUCCGCGGCGACGCGCGCGCUGCGGCGACGGAGGCUCCAGACGCAGAUGUCGACGCGCGUGUUCGAGUGGCUCAUGCGCGUCGAGGAGCUCCUGUCGUCCAUCGAGGAAGCGCAGGCGACCGCGGUCGUCGUCGAGCGCCUGCGUCAGGGGAACGAGGCGCUGAAGCGAGCGCAGGCGGGGUACUCCCUCGACGACGUGAACGCGGUGUUGGAGGGGAUGGAGGACGCGAGGGAGCACAACGAGGCGGUCGAUCGCAUGAUGGCCGCGCAUCUGAACGCGGAGGACGACGAAGCCGUGGAGGAGGAGCUGCGCGCGAUGGAGGCGGAGGAGACGCGGGAGAGGGAGGCGAGGGAGAGGGCGGACGCGCGGGAGGAGGAGGAGCGGGCGGAGGUGGAGCGCGAGCUGCCGGCGAUACCGAGCGAAGCGCCCGUCGCGGCGGCGGAGGAA